GCAAUGCCUACCAUUCAUCGUCAAGAAACACGGCAAAGAUGGCCAAGAUCACAACCCUUUUCUUGACGUCCCUCCUCCUCCUCUCCGCAAUCUCAUCCUGCUUUGCUCGCCCCGAGCCGGUGCUUCUCGAUGUUGCUCCAGUCGAAAGUAACCGUAUGGGUGUUACAACAGAGCGCCAUGAGUUGUCGGAUGAGAACUGCGGAGGACUUGGCGAAGAAGAAUGCUUGGUGAGGAGGACUCUGGCUGCUCACAUCGACUAUAUCUACACCCAAGAGCAUCAUCCUUGAACUUAAUUUCCUUUGUUGGCGUUGCGAAAAAAGUUAGAGGCUUGAACAGUUUAGUGAGCCUCUACUAACUUUGCUGUGAAUUUCGAAACAAAUACUGUGGUGGGAAUGUGAAAUUUGCUCAUCACUGAGAGUGGAUUCCAAGUGUGUCAGCAUAUGAGAGUUCGUUUCUUGAUUUCAACUUACGUAUCUUUUAGUGAAUGCCCCUUGCAAUUAUGUUUCUUCUUCU